AUGCGCAACCCCGAAUCGGACCCGGACUUCUCAGAACGAGUCAGCAAGAGACGACGCAUUUCUUCCCCGACGCGGGAAGGCUCAUACGCAACCAUGAGCUCCGCCAUGCCUACCAUCGAGCUCACUCCACUUGAAAGCACCUUACGAACCCUACUCCUCGAUGUCGCACAAUACAUCACCGAGCAGAAAAUUGCCAAUGGAGGCAGCACUGCGAAAGAUCACUCCGAGACUGUCUUGCGCUUCACGGGCGGGUGGGUCAGGGACAAGCUGCUUGGAGUCGAGAGCCAUGAUAUCGACGUGGGUAUUAGCAACAUGACAGGAUACCAGUUUGGUAUGGCCCUGAAAGACUACCUGGAUGUUCCGGAGAAUCUUGAAAUAUACAAGAAAGGCCUACCGAAUGGGGAAAUGCACGACGCCAUUGUGAGCCUUCACAAAAUCGAGGCCAACCCAGAGAAGUCGAAGCACCUCGAAACCGUCACAACCAAGAUCUUCGGCCUGGAUAUUGAUUUGGUCAAUCUACGGAAGGAAACAUACACAGAUGACAGUCGAAAUCCUCAGAUGGAGUUUGGCACCGCUGUCGAAGACGCUUUGAGACGCGAUGCAACUAUCAAUGCGCUUUUCUACAAUCUAAAUGAGUCACGGCUAGAGGAUCUCACCGAGAGAGGACUGAACGACAUGAAGAAAAAGAUUAUCCGAUGCCCAAUGGAACCAUAUCAAACCUUCAAAGAUGACCCACUGCGUGUGCUUCGGUUGAUCCGCUUUGCGAGCAGACUGGGAUACCAAAUCGAGCCCGAAACCGAAGCCGCUAUGCAGAUUGAAGACAUCCGCGAGGCAUUGAAACUCAAAAUCAGUAAAGAGCGAGUGGGAACCGAGCUAGAAAAGAUGUUGCGUGGUCCCGACCCUCGCGGUGCAUUGCAGUUCAUCGAUCGACUCCAUCUAUUCACCACUAUCUUCGCUAAUCAUCAGGACGAAGUUAAGGCUGAUACAUCGACAUGGCCUUUUGCAUACAAUACUUUGGCGCGAUUGCUGCAUCCAGAGGCUGGUGACAGCGAUGAACUUCAGGCAGUUACCAAGCGCAUUCGUGAGAUCUUAUUCCGCGACAAAACUACCAUAUACUACGCCUGGAUGAUUGCCACAUUUGCUCCCUGGACUUCAAUUCCUGGCCGCACCGGGAAAGGAUCCAAGCCCUUGCCCCCGCGAGCGGUUGAGGUUGGAAGAGAUGGCCUUCGCAGUGACAACAAGACGCUCAAUGCGCUCCGCGCUGCUGCUCUGCAUUACAAGGAAACAAUUGCGACAAAAUCCGCACUUCUCGCGAACAAGAUGAGUGGAACCCCGGCAGAAAUCCGACAGUGCAUUGGAUUGCAAAUGCGGUCGUGGAAUAAGGACUGGAAGCUUUGCAUUCUCCUGGCUAUUCUGCAAGAAAAUAUGGCGCUCCGUGACUUUGCAGAAGUGGCCCGUGAAUACGACCAGUUCCUUGCGUACAUUGUAGAAAACGAUCUGGAGGGUGUUUGUGACCUGAAGCCCAUUGUAAAUGGUGACGAAAUUAUGAAAAGUCUAGGGACUAAAAAGGGACCUUGGAUGUCCAAGGCAGUCAGCAUGGCCCUUGAAUGGCAACUUCUUCAUCCUGAUAUUAUCGACAAGGAAACGGUGCUGGAGGAGAUCGCGGGUCGACGAGCAGAAUUCGAAUGA